CUUUCUUUAAUCGUUGGUGUUUUAGUUGGUAUUGGUGUUUAAGAAAUUCCGAUCCAGUCUAACUUAAGAAGGUUCAUAAUAAACUUAAGCUUAGAACAUGAUUAAAUACAUAUUUGUUUUGUUAUUUAUUGGUGUUAAAGCACAAUUUCAGUGUCCACAGAGAACGGGUUUUUUUCCCGAUCCCGAAGAAUGUGAUGUUUACUAUAAAUGCUCAAGAGGAAUUUACGAACAGAAGCUUUGUCCUGAUGGACUUGUUUUUGACGACAAGGAUCCUAAUUUUGAAAGAUGUGAAGUACCAGCUAACGUGAAUUGCGACGAUAGACCAAUUUUACAACAAGCAAAACCGAGUCCUGGAUGUCCACGGCAAAAUGGAUUUUACCGUCACCCAACGGACUGUACAAAAUUUUAUAAUUGUGUUGAAGGGAAACCAAAAGAAUUGAAUUGUCCAGCAGGUCUUGUAUUUGACGAAGUUAAAAGUAUCUGUAUUUGGGCUGUGAAUAGUAAACGCGACGAAUGCAUUAAUCCGAAAAAAGACGCUUUAGAUGACGGUUUUGAAUGUCCAGAUGCUCAAAAUAAUGGUAUUGAUGGCAAAAAAAUACCGCAUCCUACAUAUGCUCACCCAACGGAUUGCCAAAAGUUUUAUAUCUGUAGAAACGGAGUGGAUCCCCAGAGAGGAUCUUGUUCACCAGGCACUGUUUAUAAUGAAGAAAUUGCUAGAUGUGAUAGUCCUGAAAAUGUUCCCGGGUGUGAGAAUUAUUAUUCGCAGUCGAAAGCGUAUCCUAAACCUUCAGUGCCAGCAAUUUCGGUGGUUCCAGCAGGAAGGAAGAACUGAUUUAAGUUAAUAAGCGUUGCUAAUUAAGUUGAUAUGUGAGAUGAUUCAAUAUUGUUUCUUAAUAAAAGAAUUUUCACCA